AUGUACCUCCCGCGCGCCCUCAUCGCCAAGCUGUACCUGCACCUGCAGAACACGCGGCACCCGCUGUCGCCGCCGGUGCUGGUGCUGGUGGCGCUGGAGCCGGACGCGCUGUGCGCCUGCCGCAUCCUGACGCGCCUGUUCAAGCACGACUACAUCCCGCACAAGAUCCAGCCCGUGGCCGGCUACGCCGACCUGGAGCGCGUCGGCCGCGAGCUGGUCGUCCCCAUGACCGAGGCCGCCGGCGGCGCCGGCGGCGUCGUCGUGUGCCUCGGCGUCGGGGGGAUGGCUGACCUGGGCACUGUGCUCGGGCUGGAGCAGGAGGAAGGGGCCGACGGUGGGGCCGGAGCGGGAGAGGGCGCGCAGGCAUUCGGGAAGGUGGAGGUCUGGGUUGUGGACUCGCACCGGCCGUGGAAUCUGAGCAAUGUGUUUGGGGGGUUUCCGCUCGAGCCGGAGACGGAGGAAGCCAGGACGUUUGCGGCGCGCGCGCCGGUCGGGGUAAAGGACGGGUGUAUCGAGAGGGCGUACCGGCCGGGGAAGGGUGGGAUUGUCGUGUUUGAUGACGGGGAUAUCGAGGAGGGGCUGGCUAAAGAGAGGGAAGCGUAUCUUGCGCUCGUUGAUAUGCCUGAUGUUGAGGAUGAUGGCGAAGACCUGGGGGACAGCAGCGACGACGACGACGAUGACCAGGACGACGACGAGAGCGACCAUGACGAGGGGAAACGGGCUGUCAAGUCGGCGCGUGCGGGCCAGAAACGAAAGUCGUGGGACUUCCUGGAUGAGGAUAGCGAGGAGGACGACGAUCGGCCGAGGCAAAGGAGGCGUAGUAACUCGUCCUCUCCGAUCCCAGACCCCCCCCGGCGGCCGGCACAGCGGGGUCUCAUUUCCCUGCGGGACGAUCCUGUCUUCUCGAGUGACGGUGUGGAACCCCCGACUGCCGCCCAGCCGCCGAGGGCACCGUCAGCAAGGACGCUCAGGCGGAGGUUGCUUCGACUACGGCGCAAGCACGAGAGCGUACUCAGAGACUACUACCGGCUCGGCACGUCGUACUCGGAGCCAAUCUCAUCCAUGAUGUAUUCUCUUGCCUCGGAACUCGGACGGGAGGACAACGACCUGCUCUGGCUGGCGAUCGUGGGCGUGACGUCUAUGGAGCUCUAUGGGCGCUCCUCAGCCGGCAUCGCUCUCCUGCGAGACGAGGUGCGGCGACUGAAUCCCCCGGAGGUAGGAAACGGCCGGGUCCUGCCCGAGAACACGGGUAUCAUCCCGACCACGGCUCGCAGCCCCGAGGACACAAGCAUCCGCCUGUCGCCGGAGCCCAAGUUUCUCCUCAUCAGGCACUGGAGCUUGUACGACAGCAUGCUGCACUCGCCCUAUCUCUUCUCCCGGCUCAAGACGUGGAGCGAAAGCGGACUCAAACGGCUGCACAAGCUGCUCGCGAAGAUGGGGGUCAGCCUGGUGCAGUGCAAACAGAGCUACGCACACAUGGACAUGAUGCUGAAGCGGGAGCUGCGCACCAAGCUGCUCAAGUACGCCUCCCUGUAUAACCUCGACGAGCUCAUCCCGAGCAUCGACACGGACGGCAAAGACCGCGGCGGCGCCAAAGACGGCUGGGGCUUCGUGCGCAGCUGGGGCUGGCGCGCGACCCUGAGCGCACAAGACGUCGGCGUCGUGAUCGGCGCCCUCCUCGAAGUAGGCAAAGACGCAACCUCGUCCUCCUCCUCUUCCUCCGACCCAACUUCCACACCGGCCUCCCAGCUCCCCGCUUCCGCCGGCGCCGACGCCGCCCCGAGCGAGGAGUGGGUGCCGCGUUUCUGGCAGGCGUACGACGCGCUGGAGGACAUCGAGGCGCUCAAGGCGGGCCUGCCGACGGCGCAGCUGCUGCACCGGGCCAUCUUCGCGACGGGCACGGCGAUCCUCAAGAAGCGGCAGAUCUCGCACCUGCGGGCCUUCCGCAUGUGCGUCGUCAAGGACGCGGUCGCCCGCGGCCCGGACGCCGCCCUGUUCUGCCACCCGGGCGCGCUGACCAAGCUGGCGCUGUGGAUCGGCGAGGCGCUCGCCGAGCAGGAGCGCGAGGCCACCGGCGGCCGCCUGGCCCUCGGCGGCCGCGGCACGCCGCUCGUCGUCGCCAGCCUGGACGAGAAGAGGGGCGUGUACGUGGUCGAGGAGGAGGAAGACGAGGACGUCACGAAUCAAAGGGGAUACGGGCUGAACCGGUUUGGCAUCGCGUUCCAGGAUGUGGUGAGCGAGACCAAGGCGCGGGUGCGCAUCGACAGCUUUGAGCACUGCGUGGUGGAGGUCAAGAAGGAGGAUCUGGGCGCCUUUUUGGAGAGUUUGAGCAUGAAGGCUGUUGUUGGGUGA